ACCCCAUCUCAGGCGCCUGCUGAGUUCACCUGCCCCCCGCCCCUCUUCUCUCGGAUCUGGGACACCGGCUGCGCACCCACUAGCCUGACCGGCACCCCCGGACAGCGCCCCCCACCCCAGCCAACCAGCUAGGUUCUCCGUCUCUGAGAGAGGGGUCUCGAGCCUGAAGUCCCAACGAGGACCCAGAUCCAGGCCUGCACAGAGCCCCCGCGCGCGGGGCGCCCCGACUGCGGCCCCCAGACCUCUGGAGGCCAGUGUGGGCUUCCCCCAGCUUGGCAGAAGCAGCAACCCCACCUGGGAGCAGGUGGUGGGUGGGAUGAUGGUGGGAGCCCUGAAGAUGCCCCAUGGCUACUGAGGGCGCUGCGGGCAUGGUGUGCUAUUUCUGGGUCCUGGCCCUGGUAUCCUCGGCUGUGGCCUUAGAAGAGGUGCUGCUGGACACCACUGGGGAGACCUCCGAGAUUGGCUGGCUCACCUACCCACCGGGUGGGUGGGACGAGGUGAGUGUCCUGGACGACCAGCGGCGCCUGACCCGCACCUUCGAGGCCUGCCACGUGGCGCGGUCCGCCGGCUCCGUGCAGGACAACUGGCUGCAGACCCACUACGUGCAGCGGCGUGGUGCGCACCGGGCUCACAUCCGCCUGCACUUCUCUGUGCGCGCCUGUGCCAGCCUGGCGGUGGGUGGCGGCGCCUGCCGGGAGACCUUCACCCUCUACUACCGCCAGGCUGACGGCCCCGACAGCCCCGACACCGCCGCAUCCUGGCACCGCCAACACUGGACCAAAGUGGACACGAUCGCAGCUGAUGAGAGCUUCCCUGCGGCCGCCGCCUCCCAGACUGGGGCCGAGGGGCCACGCGCGGGUGUGCAUCUCAACGUCAAGGAACGGAGCUUCGGGCCGCUCACGCGCCCUGGCUUCUACGUGGCCUUUCAGGACACCGGAGCUUGCCUGGCCUUGGUGGCCAUCCGGCUCUUCUCCUAUGCCUGCCCUGCCACCCUCCGCUCGCUUGCCUCCUUUCCUGAGACUCAGGCCAGUGGGGCGGGGGGCGCCUCCUUGGUGGCGGUGGAGGGCAUAUGUGUGGCUCAUGCAGAACCUGAAGAGGAUGGAGUAGGGGGCCAGACAGCGGGCAGCCCCCCCAGGCUGCAUUGCAAUGGAGAGGGCAAGUGGAUGGUGGCUGUGGGUGGCUGCCGCUGCCAGCAAGGGCACCAGCCAGCCAGUGGGGACAAGGCCUGCCAAGCUUGCCCCCCUGGAUCCUAUAAGGCCUCAGCUGGAACUGGACCCUGCUCUCGGUGCCCCGCCCACAGCCACGCGCUGGAUCCCGCCGCCCCGGUGUGUCCCUGCCUUCCUGGCUUCUACAGAGCUAGCGCAGACUCCCCAGGUGCUCCCUGCACCGGUCCCCCUUCAGCACCCCGAGAGCUCUGGUUCGAGGUGCAGGGCGCGGCGCUGAUGUUGCACUGGCGCCUGCCGCGGGAACUGGGCGGCCGCGGAGACUUGCUCUUCAACGUUGUGUGCAAGGAGUGCCCAGGCGCCCGGGAGCCUGGCGGGGGCGCCUGUCGACGCUGCAGGGACGAGGUAUACUUCGACCCCCGCCAGAGGGGCCUGACCGAGAGCCGUGUGCUGGUGGGAGGCCUCCGUGCGCAUGUACCCUACGUCUUGGAGGUCCAGGCGGUCAAUGGCGUGUCGGAGCUCAGCCCAGAUCCUCCACCUGCUGCGGCCAUCAACGUCAGCACCAGCCACGAAGUCCCCUCUGCAGUCCCCGUGGUGCACCAGGUCAGCCGUGCGUCCGACAGCAUCACAGUGUCCUGGCCGCAGCCUGAGCAAGCCAACGGGGACAUCCUGGACUACCAGCUGCGCUACUACGACCAGGCUGAAGACGAGUCCCGCUCCUUCACCCUGACCAGUGAGACCAACACGGCCACUGUGACCCAGCUGAGCCCCGGCCACAUCUAUGGGUUCCAGGUGCGCGCCCGCACUAUUGCGGGCCACGGCCCCUAUGGUGGCAAGGCCUACUUCCAGACACUGCCUCUCGGAGAACUGUCCACCCAGCUCCCCGAGAGGCUGUCUCUGGUGGUGGGCUCCAUCUUGGGGGCCUUGGCCUUCCUCCUGCUGGGGGCCAUCACUGUGCUGGUUCUCGUCUUCCGGAGGAAGCGGCAUGGAACAGGCUACACGGAGCGCCUGCAGCAGCCCAGUAGCCCAGGGCUCGGGGUGAAGUAUUACAUUGACCCCUCUGCCUAUGAGGACCCCUGCCAGGCUGUCCGGGAGCUUGCCCGCGAGGUGGACCCUGUGUACAUCAAGGUGGAGGACGUCAUUGGGGCAGGCUCCUUUGGAGAGGUUCGCCGGGGCCGGCUGCAGCCCCGAGGCCGGAGGGAGCAGCCCGUGGCCAUCCAGGCGCUGUGGGCCGGGGGUCCUGAGAGCCUGCAGAGGGCCUUUCUGGGCCGGGCAGCGGUGCUGGGCCAGUUCCAGCAUCCCAACAUCUUGCGGCUGGAGGGCGUGGUCACCCGGAGCCUGCCGCUCAUGGUGCUGACGGAGCUCAUGGAGCUGGGGCCCUUGGACAGCUUCCNCCAGCAACGAGAAGGCCAGUUCAGCAGCCUGCAGCUGGUGGCCAUGCAGAGGGGCGUGGCGGCGGCCCUGCAGCACCUGGCCAGCUUCGGCUUCGUCCAUCGAGCCCUGUCUGCUCGCAGCGUGCUGGUCAACAGCCACCUGGUGUGCAAGGUUGCCCACCUUGGACACUCACCACAGGGUCUGGGCUGCAUGCUCCGUUGGGCAGCUCCCGAGGUCAUCACGCACGCAAAGCACACCACGUCCAGUGAUGUCUGGAGCUUUGGGGUUGUGAUGUGGGAGGUGAUGAGCUACGGAGAACGGCCUUACUGGGACAUGAGUGACCAGGAGGUGCUAAGGGCCAUAGAGCAGGAGUUCCGGCUGCCCCCACCCCCAGGCUGUCCUCCUGGGCUGCAUCUGCUGAUGCUUGACACGUGGCAGAAGGACCGUGCCCAGCGUCCCCACUUUGACCAGCUGGUGGCAGCCCUGGACAAGAUGAUCCGAAAGCCAGACACGCUGCAGGCUAGUGGAGGCCCCCAGGACAGACCUUCCCAGGCCCUUCUGGACCCUGUGGCUCUGGACUUCCUGUCCCUGGACUCCCCACAGGCCUGGCUCUCGGCCAUCGGGCUCGAAUGCUACCAGGACAACUUCGCCAGGCAGGGCCUCUGCUCUUUCCGGGAUGUGGCCCAGCUCAGCCUUGAGGACCUGCCCGCCCUCGGUGUUACCCUGGCUGGCCACCAGAAGAAACUCCUGCACAACGUCCAGCUCCUGCAGCAGCACUUGCGGCCGCCCCCGGGCACGGUAGAAGUCUGAGGCCCAGGACACAUGCCCAGCCUCCACAGCCCUUAGCAGGGACCAGAGACGGCCAGCUAGGUCCAGGUCGUGGCCUGGGAGGAUGUAGCCUGCCUUGUGGACACUGUCCCCCUGACACCCUCACACACACACACACACACACACACACACAUUAAGGCAAAAGAAGGGAUUUCACAAGUUGGCUGCAUGGUGCUCUUAGUCGGCAAGGGUGGCGAGGGGGGUCUUCAAGGAAGUGCCGAGCAUGGGCAGUAGAGUCACAGUGGGCAUAGGAUGUAGAGGAGCUCAGGGCCAGACAAGAACAGGAGUGACUUUAUUGGAAGGUGGGGUGAGUGGCCCCCACUGCCUGGAACAGCACCUGUCUUCCUCAGACCCAAGUCCACAGACCAGUGCCCUGCGGUCUGCAGCACCACGGGAGGGCUGUGCCUCCCACUUACCAUGCAGGGUGGGGGCUGGACUCGACUGGCAGCUGCCCCUAAAGUGCUUGGCUGACAGUGCAGUGGUCCCUUGGAAGGGGCUGGCAGCACACUGAUGCCUUCGGUUGCCCAGCUGUGUGGGUGCGUCCAGAGCCCCAAAGUGGUCCUCUGUGCCCCGAGCAGAGCUCCUGCUGGCCUGGCUCGUAGGGUCUCUGAGUCCCACUCGGGAUCUCCACCUAGGCCCUUCACCCAGCCCUGACAGGCUGUGCUCUGGUGUCCACCGCUCCUGGAGGCGGCCGGUGCUCAGAUCUGGAAUUCCCAGCGGUCGCCGUCCUCCUGCAGGGCCCUGUUGAUCUCGCCCCGCAGUUCCCGGCGCCAGCCCCCCUGCCGCAGCCUCUCCCAGUUGGUGCUGCUACGGGAAGUGCUCCGAGACACGGACGGUGUGGGCAGGGGCAGGGGCAGGUGCUGGCUGGGGGUGCAGUACAGGUGCAGCUUCUGCGCAGAGGGGUCCUCCAAGCUGUCCGAGCCCAGGCUCUGGAAGGCUUGCGCGUAGCGCUGUGCGCGCUGCCGAUUAAGGUCCUGCCUUUCUUCCACCCUGCAGAGGACCAGGCCUGAGAGCUCGUCCGCCUGCAGGGGCCACCUGCCCAUCCCCUUCCUGCCCUCUGGUCAUCAUGCCAGUGGGUGCUGAACUCCUCCCGCACCCCUAGCCUUCCCCUUAGCAGCAGCUCAGCUCCCAGCGUAGGGUGGGCACAGACAACCCUCCCAGGGCCCCCCGUGCUGACACCCCAACCCGCAUGCCACUCACCGCAGGUACCAGUGGUCCCCCAAACCAUACUCUCGGCCACAGAUGCCUGCACGAGGCCACAGGCAGCGAGGCAGCUUGCGCUCCAACAUCACAGUGGUGUCCACGACCUGGGCGGGGCCAGAGGGCAGUCAGGGGAUGGGGCCCAGCCAACAAGCUGAGGAAGUGGGUGGGGGAGAAGAGGAGCCUCUAAUCCACCUGCCCUCGUCGGGUCGUGGCCCGUGACUCUCAUAGGGCAAGGAAGUGAAUAAUGGUUUCCGAGGAAAAUGGACAAGUGUGAACCUCUGACCAAGGAUGCUUGGGACAUUCUAGGGUCUUUGGACCUGGCAAACCUAGCAGCCGCUUAGACAAGUCAAAUCCUACAGACUUGGCUCUCAGGGCGGGGCUUUUCAUCCCUCGCCUGCAUUCAGCCUGUUUCUUACGCCGCUUUCUUUCUCCCAGCACUUCCCAGGGGUCUCUGAGGGGGUCCAACGACCCGUUUUAUUUUGCUGGACUGACUUUUGCUGUGAUAAAUCACUUUCUAAGAAUA